UAUAACGUCACCGUGUCUGUGAUUGAGGAAACACCGAGGUUAGGUGCUUGUCUGUACAUGCUUGCUUGCUUGCAUGCUUCUUUAAUAAGGCGGUUAAUAAAUACAGCAUUUCACUAAUUAGGACUGUCCUGCAGUGUGUAAGGCUACGAGAAUUCCAAGAGCCAUGUCUAAAGAGCCUGGCACCAGUGAGUCUCAGUCCCAGUCCCAGUCACAAUCCCAGUCCCAGCCGCAGUCCCAGGGCAGCUCCAGUUCCUCCUCCAGUAGUACUCAACCCUCAAGCCAGUCGUCCAGCAGCUCAGGGACUCACAGCUCUGUGGACACCGUGCCGACCCAGGAGCUGGCCUCCAUCCCAGAGGAACCCGAGGAGCCUGUGCCACAGCCCUGGGGUCGCCUCUGGGCACUAGCAGAAGGGUUCACAAAUCUUGACUGCGUAAAGGAAAACUACUGGUUUGGAAGGCGAGCAUGUGAUUACACCUUCCAAAAUACAGAUAAAUUAGUAACUUACAGCAAAAGACAUUUUCGAAUAUUCAAGGAGCAGGGGAUUGCUUACAUUGAGGACCACAGCGGCAAUGGGACCUUUAUGAAUGGGCUGCUAAUUGGGAGAGAUAAAAGGUUACCACUGGCCAACAAUGCAGAGCUGGCUCUCUGUUUUCCUCACGACAAAGUUUUUGUGUUUUCUGACCUCACUGUCGAUGAACAAUCCAACCUCCCUAAAGAAUUCAAAGAAAAAUACAUGAUAUCCAGAAAAAUCGGAUCGGGUGUAUGUGGAGAGGUGAAAUUGGCAUUCAAAAGGUCGACUUGCAAGAAAGUCGCAGUGAAAAUUAUCAGCAAAAAAGAUUUCCAGUCAACCAUGAACUUGUCUUCAAAUGCUGAAAGGGAAAUAGAAAUUUUAAAGAAAAUAGAUCACCCCUGCUUAAUAAAGACUGAAGAUUUUUUCCAGUCUGAAGAAAUGUAUUGUAUUGUCUUAGAAUUAAUGGAAGGUGGUGAGCUGUUUGACAGAGUCCGCCAGUCAAAGAAAUUGAAAGAAUCUACAGCCAAGCUGUUUUUCUACCAGAUGCUUCUUGCGGUCCAGUAUCUCCAUGAAAAUGAUAUAAUCCAUAGAGAUCUUAAACCAGAAAAUAUACUGCUAGCAUCCAAUGAAGAAUGCUGCCUUAUAAAGAUCACAGAUUUUAAUCAGUCCAAGAUUUUAGAAGAAAGCUCUCUGAUGAGGUCGUUGUGUGGCACGCCUACGUACCUCGCACCUGAGGUCUUCACAGACGCUACGACAGUGGGUUACAGCCGGGCGGUGGACUGCUGGAGUCUGGGGGUCCUGCUUUUUGUUUGCCUAGGCGGCUAUCCUCCAUUCCACUCUCAGGACACUAAGAUACGGAUUCGGGAUCAGAUCACCAGGGGCUACUACAAAUUCCUUCCUUCAGCCUGGAUGGAUGUUUCUGACCUGGCCAAGGAUGUUGUAAAGAAACUGCUUGUUGUGAAUCCGAAGGAAAGACUUACGAUCGAACAGGCCUUGCAGCACCCAUGGCUGCAGGAUGAGCUGAUGAGAGAGACUGCCAAGACUCUCAUGUAUCCAGAGACGUUAAUGCCGCCACCAACUGCAGUGGAGCAGCCGCAGCCUGGAGCUUCUACGAGCAGAAAGAGGCCAAGGGACGAUGACGAUGACGAUGGGCAGCAAGCCAAGCAGAAGUUGAGUGAAUCGUCUUGAGUUUUAAAACUGUUUAUCAUGGGAUGGAAAUAAGCCCCCCCCCCCCCCUUUCCAUAACACGAAGAGCCAUUCCAGGUCACGCUGCUGACCUUGUGAUUUUGACCUUUUGCACACACAGAAUUCUUCAAGGGUCACCGAUAACGCAAUGUGUUAUCGCAUGCGUCCCUUACAUGUGAAUGCAAAUCUAUAUAAAACCUGCAUCUCCUGUCAGUUUCAGUUACAAUGGGCAAGACAGCCGGUCUGAUAGAGGGCUGGUGGUAGGCAGACUGCUGGCAGGGGCCUCUGUAUCAAAACUGCACAGUGAUGUUGUGUAGGCCGUCCUGGAGAUCAGGCUUUCUUUGCCCUUUCCAAUUUCCCUUAAGGAAUUAAAGAGGAUGCGACUUGACUGUGAUUAUCUAGAUAACCAAAACUGUUUGAUUUGCUUUACAUUUACCCCUGCCCUUCAGCAGCUGAAGAACAUUUAUGUGAAUAUCAAGCACAGCUAGCCGUUUGCUUAGAACUCCCAAAGCAAUCUGAGGAAUCUUUUAAAAGGGGUUGUGUUAAUCACGUAUUAACCUGGGAUGUGUUUAAUUUACUGUGCUAAACUACCCUCGUCUCUCAGGCCUACUGUCAGAUUAUAAAACAAUCCAGUUCUGUGGUUGGUACAGGCUGAGGACGAAUCCAUGUUAAUAAAUGAUUGUAAUAGGAGGGAAUACAAUUCAAAUCUUACGUGCAGAAGGGAGACUUUUUGUUGGACAUUUAGCUUGCAACCUGUGCAGUGUUUCUAAUUAUCCGGACAGGGCUUCAGCAUCAUCUAAAACUGGAUUGAGAAAAGAAACCACACUACACUGAAAGGCUGUCAAUUAGAGACUUUAGUUUUAUUUUCAGUCAACGGGUCUGCAAAUUCAAUAAUCUCACUAGCAAAGUGGUGUUUUGUUUUGAGAUUUUUUAAAGAUGUUUUUUUUUUUCAAACAAAAAUCCCAGAACAUGUGAUUUAAGUGCUGUCUGUCACCAGCCAAACUGGUCUCGCUAUAACCUUCAUGUUUUAACUGUAAUGAGAGUACUCCUAGAUUUAAGAUUGGUAGUUCAGAAACAUGAUUACUUCACUAAUUAUAUUCAUGUCUUACAACUCUUAAACAUUUGAUGGAUUUCUAAAAUAAUUCUGUAAAUGUCAAAUGAUGGUUGUGUAAACUGGUUUGCCCCAGUAGCCCAGGCAGUUGGAAUGUUCUGUAUAUGUUUGUCUGGAUCAUGAUUGUUGUAAUGAUAAUAAACUGUAUAUAAGGUUUUAAAAUAAAGUAUUUGGUGGUGAAAAA